AAAAAGACUCUAUUUGAACUACUUUAUAGAUACCAACCUUGGGCCUACCCAAGUGUUAUUGGAAAUACCAAUGUCCCCAUUACCAAUACUUACCUUAAAGCUUUACAAUAUAUUAGGAAGGAAGCACAAGCCAGUCUUAAAAUUAUAGUAAAAGCUAUGCAAAUACAGCAUGACUAUUCUAGAAUAGACCUACUGUCAUUCAAAAAAGGAGAUCAAGUAUAG